AUGGCAGUUCUUUCCAUGGCAGUCAAUCCUCCCCCGGAGGUGCAUCAUUACGAUCACAUUGGAGAAGUGCCCUGGGAUAUCCAAAAUUACUGGGCUCAGAGGUAUCGGAUAUUCUCGCGGUAUGACGAGGGUGUCUGGCUGACCGAUGAUGCAUGGUUUGGAGUUACCCCCGAGCCUGUAGCCAACAAAAUCGCCGAGCAUGUCGCCAGUGCGGCCCCCGCUGGACGGAGCAUCCUGGUAGACACUUUCGCUGGCGCUGGAGGAAAUUCCAUUGCUUUUGCGCUCUCGGGCAAGUGGAAGCGAGUCUACGCGAUCGAGAAGAACCCGGCCGUCUUACAGUGCGCUAAGCAUAAUGCGCAAAUCUACGGGGUACAGGACAAGAUCACAUGGUUUGAAGGAGACUGUUUCGAGAUCCUAAAGAACCAACUCAAGGAUUUGGCUCCGUACAGCGUCAUCUUUGCUAGUCCUCCCUGGGGUGGCCCUGGAUAUCGCUCCGACAAGGUAUUCAAUUUGCGCACAAUGGAACCAUACUCACUGAACACAUUAUACCGCGAAUUUGCUCUCUUUAGUGAGCAUAUGGUCCUCUUUCUGCCUCGAACUUCAGAUGUGAAACAGUUGGCCAAAGUAGUCAAGGAAGGGCAGCAAUCGACGGUGAUGCACUACUGCAUGGAAGGAGCCAGCAAAGCCCUUUGCAUCUAUUAUGGCGGUUUCAACCUGCAGUGA